UUCUCCUUUUUGUUUUUCCAGUUAAGAGUCUGUAAAGGUUUUAUCUAGCUGAGCUUUUAGGUUCUGUGUCUUUGAUUUUCUUCUCUAGGACUACAACAAAGUGUGUUUUCUGAAAAUUUUUUUCUUGUGGUACAGAAGAGUUUAGAAAUUGAACGGAUUGUUUUUUUUGGGUACUGUAUUUAGGGUUUUAUCUGGUCCUAAUGAACAGAGUUCAUGUAAAUUAAGUGAUCCAACGACUUAGAGUGAUGGAGUCAUUAUUAGGGAGUCUUAUCCUAAAAACAGUUUCGAGGAGUGUUGACUCUUGAAGCUGAACCAAGUCUUUGGAUGAUGAUGUUUUUUUUUUCUUUUUUUUUGUCUCAGUGGAAUUUGUGUUUGUUUGCAAUGAUCAAGUGAUUUAAAGCUAAAACCUUUAUUUAAUUUGGUUUCUGAUGGUAAUCUAGCUGAGUUAGGAACCGCUAUGUCUGAAAGAGCUUUAGAUUAUCCUCGGGAGAAGGAUGGUGCGCGUGUUCAAAUGAGACUGUCUUACAACCCGGCUGCUCAGUUUUUACUUUUCCUUGUCCAGUGGACUGAUUGCCACCUUGCUGGUGCCCUCGGUUUGCUCAGAGUUCUCAUUUACAUGACCUAUGCGGAUGGGAAAACCACAAUGUCGGUUUACGAGAGGAAAACAAGUAUUAAAGAUUUCUACGCUGUGAUAUUUCCAUCGCUAUUACAACUAGAAAGGGGUAUCACAGACCUUGAUGAUCGCAAACAGAAAGAGGUCUGCAAGAUACGGUACAGAAACAAAGAUGAGACUGAAAAGGUCAAGCUCUCGGAGAUUGACAUCGAGAGAGAAGAAGAAUGUGGGAUUUGCAUGGAGAUGAACAACAUGGUUGUUCUCCCCAAUUGCACACAUUCUUUAUGCAUCAAGUGUUACCGCGAUUGGCAUGGGAGGUCAGAGUCAUGCCCUUUUUGCCGGGACAGUCUUAAGAGAGUAAACUCAGGGGACUUGUGGAUGUUGAUGGAGAAAUCAGAUACAGUCAAUAUGUAUACAAUUGCGCGGGAGAAUAAGAAAAGGCUGUUUAUGUACGUAGAAAAGCUACCUCUAGUGGUUCCAGAUCAAGUGUUUGCAUCUUCUCCUUACGAUUGCCAUGUCAAGUGAAUUUAAGAAGAAGAAGAACCGGUUCUGGUAAAACUUUAUCUGAAUGUAAAUAAUGUUUUAGAGUAAAGUAGUAAUUAAAUAUAGUAACCAUUUCCGGGGGAAGUCCAUUUCUACUUGCUUUUCUUUUUAUCUGCAUUUGGCUUUUGGUUCCCAAACUCUUUUAUUUUCUAUUGUACAUUCAUGUCUGAAUCUAAAAUACCUCUUCAUCAAGAAGUGGCUUUUACUCACAAAUCUACACUAUCUGUUCUUCUUUCA